GUCUCUGUGAUCAUUAUUUCUGACUGACCAUGUGUGUCUCUGCAGGGAGCAUGACCUCGGCAACUUCGCCUAUCAUAUUAAAAUGGGACCCCAAAAGUUUGGAAAUCCGGACACUGACCGUGGAGAGGCUCUUGGAGCCGCUUGUCACACAGGUGACGACCCUUGUCAACACAAGCAACAAAGGCCCGUCUGGUAAGAAGAAGGGGAGGUCAAAGAAGGCCCACGUGCUGGCCGCGUCUGUGGAGCAGGCCACUCAGAACUUCCUGGAAAAGGGCGAGCAGAUCGCCAAGGAGAGUCAGGAUCUCAAGGAGGAGCUGGUCGCUGCCGUGGAAGACGUGCGCAAGCAAGGUGAGACCAUGCGCAUCGCCUCGUCGGAGUUUGCGGACGACCCGUGCUCAUCCGUGAAGCGUGGCACCAUGGUGCGGGCGGCCAGGGCCCUGCUCUCGGCGGUCACGCGCCUGCUCAUCCUGGCGGACAUGGCGGACGUCAUGAGGCUCUUGUCGCAUCUGAAAAUUGUGGAGGAGGCCUUGGAAGCUGUCAAAAAUGCUACAAAUGAGCAAGACCUUGCAAAUCGCUUUAAGGAAUUUGGAAAAGAGAUGGUGAAACUGAACUAUGUAGCUGCGAGAAGACAACAGGAGCUGAAGGACCCCCACUGUCGGGAUGAGAUGGCAGCCGCCCGCGGGGCUCUGAAGAAGAACGCCACCAUGCUGUACACUGCCUCCCAGGCCUUCCUCCGCCACCCAGAUGUGGCCGCCACCAGGGCCAACAGAGAUUACGUGUUCAAACAAGUCCAGGAGGCCAUCGCCGGCAUCUCCAAUGCUGCUCAAGCUACCUCGCCCACCGACGAAGCCAAAGGCCACACGGGCAUCGGGGAGCUGGCCGCGGCUCUGAAUGAGUUUGAUAACAAGAUCAUCCUGGACCCCCUGACGUUCAGCGAGGCCCGCUUCCGGCCGUCGCUGGAGGAGCGGCUGGAGAGCAUCAUCAGCGGCGCGGCGCUCAUGGCCGACGGAGGAUCCCGGCGGGUGAAGGUCAGGCGGCCGAUGGGAGCGGCUGCGGAGCCCGGGGUCCUCAAGGCCGGGCGCUGGCACAGCCGAGCGCGGCCGCAGGCGCUGGUCUUCGUCCCUCAGAGGCGUCAGCGAGCGGAGUCGGUUUCAGUGUUUGCGCAGAAGUGGUUACGGUGGAGACGUCUCGCUGCAGAGAAACUUGGAGAGCUUCGCUGA